AGUUAAGUUAAAGGUUGUUCGCUUCGAAAAAGAUUGAUCGGGCUUGUUUGCAGUUUUCAGCUUUAAAUUUAAUUAUUUCGCAGAAUGUCUGACGAAGAAGUUAUCAAACGCCGGCUGCAGAUCGAUGGGGAUGGUACCGGUGAUGAUAGACGCUUAAACGACUUGUUGAAAACAUUCAUUAAAUGGUGCAAUUCAAAUGAUGCUCCCGAGAACAGUCAAACGGUCUACGAUCGAUUGCUCGCCCAGCUAGCGCAGUGCGAAUUCGACAUGAAAAAGUCCGACUUCUAUGCCAACGUUAUGCAGCAGGAGCUGAAAAACUACGCCGCCAUCUCGGAGGCCAUUGAGCAGAACAUCGAAACGGCCAAAGCUCAAAUUGUCCAGAGUAAGCAGAACCUGGUGCUGGCGAAAAAGAUCCGAAAGAACCGUAUGGAGUAUGAUGUCCUGGCGAAGAUUAUCAACCAACAGCCUGAUCGGAAGAAGACCAUGCAAGAGCUAGAAUCUUUGAAGCAGGAGAUGGACCAGUUGAAGGAAAGCAAGGCGGAUUUGGAAAGAAAACUGGGAUCUAAAAAGAAGGACUUUACCGUGUUGAUGCGCUCGAUCGUUGAACUGCAGAACAAAUUAGACCCAUCGAUGUCGGUUACGAAUUCCGCUUCGUGUGAUGAGGAGGUGACAGAUGUUGGGGAGAACGCUAUGGACGAGAAAAUGAUCUGCGAUGAGCCAAUGCUACAAGAGGAGGAAGACGAUGGGGCAAGCUCGGAUAAUGAUGAAGUGAUACUUUCGUCGCCGGAAAAACUUACGUGAACUGUGCUUUCGAACGUAUCUUGGAUUUUAUAAAAUAUAAGAAUUCAUACA